AUGGCCUCGAGACUGGCUCUUCGGGCAGCGCCUUUGCGCUCCUCAACCGCGGUUGUUAGCCGCGCCGCGCUGCCCACCUCAACCACCGCCGCAAGCUUCACUGCGCGCGCUCCUGCUGCUCGCUCCGUUGUCGCACGAAGCUUCUCGCAGACUACCAAGCUCGCGAGCUCCAAGGCUCAAUUGCAGGCUAUUCGCAAGGACCCGGCCUAUGCUGACAUGAAAAAGACCAGAGCCGAGAACCCUGAGCCAUGGAUGGACUUCACAUCACGACACAUUGGUCCUCGGGAUGAGGAUAUCCCCGCCAUGCUCAAGCAAUUGGGCCCCGGAGUUGAGUCUCUGGAGGCUUUUGUUGCUCAGGUUAUUCCCAAGGACAUUAUGCUCCCUCCCCAAAAGACUAUCCAGCCACAGACUUAUAGCGAGUCUGGUGUUGCCGAGCUCUUCAAGGCUAUGAAUGCCCAAAACGAAAUCCACACUUGGAUGAACGGUGGCGGUUACUAUCCCGUCGAGAUCCCCGGUGUCAUUAAACGAAACAUUCUCGAGAACCCCGCUUGGUAUACCAGCUAUACUCCCUACCAGGCUGAGAUCAGCCAGGGUCGUUUGCAGUCGCUGCUCAACUUCCAGACCAUGAUCUCUGACCUGACUGGUCUGCCUGUUGCCAAUGCCAGUCUGCUCGACGAGGGUACUGCCGCCGCCGAGGCCAUGACCAUGUCCCUUAGCAACCUUUCUACUUCUCGUGCGAAGCGCCCUGGAAAGACGUACGUUGUCUCCAACCUCGUCCACCAGGCCACUUUUGAGGUGAUGCAGGGCCGUGCCGAGGGUUUCGGCAUUCGUCUGGAAACGGUGGACUUGUCUGCCUCCGAUGCUAUCGAGAAGAUCCAGGCUCUUGGUGACGACCUGGUUGGUGUUCUUGCUCAGUAUCCCGACACCAACGGUGGUGUUGGUGAUUUCCGCGAACUAGCCGAUGUCGCUCACAAGCAGGGCACCCUCUUCAGCGUCGCUACUGACCUGUCUGCCCUGACUCUUUUGACUCCUCCUGGAGAAUGGGGUGCCGAUGUUGCUUUCGGCAACUCCCAGCGAUUCGGUGUCCCGCUGGGCUUCGGUGGUCCUCACGCCGCCUUCAUGGCUGUCAAGGAGGCCAGCAAGCGUCGUCUGCCAGGCCGCAUCAUUGGCGUUUCCAAGGACCGUACCGGAGGACGUGCUCUUCGAUUGGCCCUCCAGACUCGUGAGCAGCACAUCCGUCGCGAGAAGGCAACUAGCAACGUCUGUACUGCCCAGGCUCUCCUGGCUAACAUGGCCGCCAUGUACGCCAUCUACCACGGACCUGCUCAGCUCAAGGAGAUGGCUGUCAACAACCUGCGCUACGCCCGUAUGAUCCAGUCUGCUGCUCAGCACUACGGUCUAACUGUUCCUACCGCCACUCUCGACCCCAAGGGCCGCGUUCUGUCCGACACCGUCACCGUCAGCUUCGAGGAUCCCAAGGUGUGCCAGGCCCUCCGAAAGGAGCUCCUGGGACGAGGAAUCAGCGGCGGAAAGGCUUGGACCAGCAACGAAGUUGUUCUCGCCGUCCCAACCACCUUCAAGCUGGAUAAUUAUGUCCGCAUUGUCGAGGCUUUCCAGGCCGUUGCCAACAAGAACCACACCGAUGCCAACUUGGAGGUUGCCAACAAGUUCUGGACUGAAGGCUGGAAGCCGUCUCUGGACGAAGUUGUCAAGGAUAUUCCUCAAGUUGUCCGCCGAGAGUCUAGCUACUUGACUCACCCCGUCUUCAACUCUUACCACAGCGAGACUGAAAUGCUUCGAUACAUCUACCAGCUGCAGUCCAAGGACCUGUCCCUGGUUCACUCCAUGAUUCCUCUGGGUUCUUGCACCAUGAAGCUCAACGGAACCACGCAGAUGGAACUCAUCGGUCACGACAAGAGCUCCAACAUUCACCCUCAUGCUCCCGUAAGCAGCUACAAGGGAUACCAGAGGCUUUUCAGCGCCACUUCUGCCCAGCUUGCUGCUCUUACUGGCAUGGACGCCACCUCGCUGCAGCCCAACUCUGGUGCCCAGGGUGAGUUUGCCGGUCUGCGAGCAAUUCGCAAGUACCACGAGCAGCAGCCUGGACCCAAGCGAGACAUUUGCCUGAUUCCUGUUUCUGCCCACGGUACCAACCCGGCUUCCGCUGCCAUGGCUGGUAUGCGCGUCGUCCCCGUCAAGUGUGACACCGUCACCGGUAACUUGGAUCUCGCCGAUCUCGAGGCCAAGGCUAAGAAGCACGAGAAGGAAUUGGGUGCUUUCAUGGUCACAUACCCCAGCACAUUCGGUGUCUUUGAGCCCGGCGUCAAGAAGGCUUGCGAGAUUGUCCACGCCCACGGCGGUCAGGUCUACAUGGACGGUGCCAACAUGAACGCCCAGAUUGGCCUCACUUCACCCGGAGCCCUCGGUGCUGAUGUUUGCCAUCUCAAUCUUCACAAGACCUUUUGUAUUCCCCACGGUGGCGGUGGCCCAGGUAUCGGACCUAUUUGCGUCAAGUCUCACCUCGAGCCUUUCCUGCCUCACAAGGACAGCCAGACUCCUGUUUCCAGUGCUGCCUUCGGCAGUGCCAGCAUUGUCCCCAUCAGCUGGUCUUACAUUGCUACCAUGGGUGACAAGGGUCUUCGCAAAGCCACGUCCAUGGCUCUCCUAAACGCCAACUAUCUCCUCGCCCGCCUCAAGGACCACUACCCUAUCCUCUACACUAACGACAACGGCCGUUGCGCCCACGAGUUCAUCAUCGAUGCCCGUCCUUUCCGUGACACCGCCGGCGUCGAGGCCAUUGACAUUGCCAAGCGUCUUCAGGACUACGGCUUCCACGCUCCUACUAUGAGCUGGCCCGUACCGAACACGCUCAUGAUUGAACCCACCGAGAGCGAGAGCAAGCAGGAGCUCGACCGCUUCGCCGACGCCCUCAUCAGCAUCCGCGCCGAGAUUCGCGAAAUCGAAGAAGGCAAGCAGCCUCGCCAAGGAAACGUUCUCCGCAACUCUCCCCACACCCAAAAGGAUCUGCUCGUCGGUGACGGCGAAGGCAAGUGGGAGCGACCCUACUCUCGUGAGAAGGCCGCCUACCCUCUCCCCUAUCUGAUGGAGAAGAAGUUCUGGCCCACCGUGACUCGUGUCGAUGACACCUACGGUGAUACCAACCUCUUCUGCACAUGCCCCCCCGUUGAGGACACCACCCAGCAAUAA